AUGCUGCAAGAGUAUUCUGACACUGCAACCUCUCGUGGAAAUGGAGAAACAUUCGUCAAGUAUGAAAUGACAGCCAACAUAGUCGAUAAUGCUGUCCUCUCCAAUAGGCGAAAGAAGAGGAAGAAGUCAUCAGUCAAGAAGCUACAGAAAGGAAGGGCAACUGGACGAAUCCGCUUGAAGAAACUUCACCAACAUUUGGUAGCCAGUGAAGCCAGAUCUGCUGCAACCAUGUCCGCCUUGAACAAGCCAAAGAUGGUUUCCUUCGUAGGAAACUGGCAUCGCAAUGCUCAGUACCUCCGUGGCCACAGCACUCGAAGUAUGAAGCCGUACAUGUCAACGCUGUCCACAAGAAGCACAGUCAGAUUGGUGGAUGAAUACAAUUCUACAAAAAUUUGCUGCUCAUGUUUCAAGGAGACACAGAAACAACUGGUGCGUGAUGAGGAUAAUAGAAUGAAGAGGAACCUCGGUGCCGUUACAUGCUUUAACCCUGAGUGUCCAAAAAGGCUGGCUAAACAAACUACUAUGAAUCGUGAUGAGCAAGGAGCGAGUAACAUUGCCCUCAUUGGUUUUUCGGCACUGGCCUCACUUGACAGCAAGGUGUUGCCUCCUUUCAGUCGAGUUCAAAAUCCUGAUAAGUAA